CAUUGGUCAGAUCGAACGGCGAUUAUCGAGAAUGGGGGCGGAGGGGGGCAGAAAUGCAGAAUGCUAAUUCGAGGAAAAACAGCUGACUUGAAAUGAAGGAAAUUGAUUGAGUAUGCACACAUUCAUAAGGCGCUCUGCCCGACGGACACGGCAAAAGCAGAAGGACGGCGCGCAAACCUGACUACGAAACACGAGAGUGUGCCUAUCUUCGCUUUUUGUUUUCCAUAGAUAAGCCGUCAACGCGCUGAAAACGGCGCGAGUCCAGAUUACCCCAGAUACGAGGCUCGCUCUGAUCAGGUAGCGUCGAAGACCGCCGCGUCGCCGUCCCCGGCCGAUUUACAUAAUCGUGCAUUAAAUUAAGGUAACUUCUUUUCUCCCUCUCGCUCUCUCUCUCUCUUUCUCCCUCUCUCCGUCUUCUCCUUCUCUUCCCUGCCCCUCCGCCCCUGCACAUGAAUGCGUAAUAAAUUGCGCGGCGAACCUAUCGGCGAGUCAACCGCAAUAUCGGCGCGCAUGUGUACGCGCAGUACGUACGAUCACGCACGACGUCUCGUCGGAGCCGUGAACCAGGGUGACGCAUCUCGCAGGGGAGUGUUUCGCGCGAGAGCAACGGCGGAGGGCAGCUAGGCACGAUCGUCCGGUAUAGCCGGGAGUCGCCGAGGGAGAGACCGUCCGCCGAGUCGCGCGGGAACCGCCGAGGGAGAGACACCCGUCCGCCGGAGUCGCGCGGGAUCCGCCGCGACGGAAAUAACACCAUCGCCGGGGAGCUCGCGGCGAGGAAACGAGAGAGAGAGAGAGAGAGUGAGAGAAGAGAGAAGAAGACGUGAAGAGCGCGAAACAUCUGAUCGUUUGACGCGGACGCGUGGAGUCCCGCGGACCUGAUGAUCGUCACGCGUGCACGCUGACACUCGGCGACGCAGGCAGCCACGCCGGUGAACGUCAGUCGGUCAUGGGAGGUUAGGUUAGGUGGGAUGUCGAUCGUUCGGAGUACGCGCCAGCUGGGCCGACACGGAGCAAAUCCUGAGCCCGGGAGGGACGAGUCGCCUAGCGCGGUUCCGUUGCAAUAAGUGUGCAAGUUCCUAAUAAGGAGAUGCGCGGUGCCGCGGCAUGUUAAGUUACCAAAGAUUUCACAGCGCUAGCCUGUAUUUGUGCAAGUUGUUGUUGUUGAGACGAUACUACUAGGAUUAAAAAAGAAAGAGUGGGAUGAGUUACAGUAACUUCAACCGCGGAAGGGGCUUCGGGCCGCCGGGGACACGUGCCGCGCGUCGCUUCGGUAGGCCCCACUUCCCGCGGCCGCCCUUCCGGCAUGUGGGUCCACCCAGGCCGGGGCAUCCCGUGCGGUUUGGCAUGCCCUGGCAGCCGAACAACGUGUUCUUUCAGCCCCAUCCGUUGCGGGGCAGUCCGCAGUUCCGGGCGGACGGCAGGAGAAGAAGAUUCGGCAACUACGACAUUCGCUUUCCCACCCCCAACAGACUGCCCGUGCCUCAGGACCACGAGGAGUUCGCGUCGGAUUGCCUGCAAAUGGAGACCGAUCAGGAUGAGGCGAUGCCACCUCUGCUCGGCUCCGAGGAGGAGCGCCAGCGGAAGAUAGCCGAAACGGCGGAUCGAUUGAAGCAGAAGCUCUCGUCUUUCAGCAGCGACGAGAUAACGGACAUUUGGAACGAAGACGCGCCGCCGUCUUGCCCCGCCGAAGAUGAUUGUAUAGAAAAUCCACGUGUCCCCGUGGUCGGGUACAAAUCGUCUGAGCUCAAUCUGACGUACAAUGAUCUAAAGGACAUUGGAAAAAUUAAUCCCGAUUACACGAAGCUCGAUGACGCGCAGUAUCCUACGGAUAUAUGUAAUUUUACGAGUAACGCAGAUAGCAAUGUAACGUUGGAUGAAAAUGAAAACGGAUCUCGUCUUGCGAUACCUAGCGACCAAAUGACGAAUCUGGAAGACGUGCCGAAUGACAGCGAGUGUGCGGAAACUGACAGCUGGGUGUUCCACGAGCCAGUCGACAACUCGCAUAAUCUGGGACAAUUGGACGUGGACAACAAUAUCGAUUUAUUAGAAUCGGAUCGUGAGUUUCAACGCGAUAUACCUCUGGCCGGCGUAUCGCAGGAUCAGGAUGACCAGCAGCAUGAUGCGCCGCGAGAAAUCGGCGUGUAUCCCGCGAACGCUGCGAGCAUGCAGGAAGAGUCCGAAACGUUGAAUUUACAGGCCGCGUCGUUUCCAAUCGACUCGGCGGGCCAGGAGAUUUUGCAGAAGGAAGACGAGGAGAGAUCGCAAAACGAGGAGGGGCCCGUCGCAAACUUAGAGGUUCAGGAAAGUGUCUUAAUCCUUGACGCGGAAAGUCCUAACAAUAGUGGUAGUACGUUGACACAACUAGCGUCAGCUGAUGUGCCAAUGAACAAUGUUACGUUAGAUAAUCAGUUGCCAAGAGUGAUGGAGAGUUCCUUUCACGGUGGCCCGCCGAGACUGUCUCCGCAUACCGAGCAGGAGUUACCCGUUGACUUUGACCCCAGUACCCCGCCGCCGAUAUUACUGAAGCAAGAGCAGUCGCGUAUUUUGCCUCCGUACUCAAUACCACCUGAGUUACCGCCGUUAUUUGAUCCUACGGCACCGCCGCCGAAUAUAAAAUGUUUACUCGGAUCCCAAGAAGACGUAAAUCCUGCAUGGAGCAACGCUCAAAACCCGAUGCCUGCCGUCUAUAGUAGCGUAGAAGUUCACGCGGGCUUAAAUACACACGGUGGAUUUAUCCUUCAGCCACCGUUAGAAAUGCCCGGUCAAAGUAACGUCUUUCUGCCGCCCCACGUUGAUUCCGUAAAUUUCCCUCCGAUAUUUCCUAUGCCGUCGAGUAGUCAUUCUGGCAUGAGUACGCAUGUUCCGUCGAUAUUGCCUCAAAUGCAUGCGACACCUCAUAAUACUUUUGUACCUCCGCAUGUCCUACCAGAGCUCCCGCCAUCCUCUGAUUUAUCUUAUAGCGUGAACAAAGACGACGGUUUGGACGACAUGCAGGAAGCUAUGAAAUUUGCGAUAGAAAUGACGGGAAGUGUAACAGGAAGAGCAGACGAAGAAUCUAGAUCGAGUCCCAAGUCUCUUUCCGUAAACAAUAUCUUAAUUAAUCGUGUUAGCGACGUAGAGUUUAUAUCCCUGCCUCCAGAGAGGCCAAGAGCCAAGAUUAAUAAGGUAAAAAGGAUGAGAGAAACUGUCACGCGUAGCAAGAAAGAAAUGGUACCUGAGGAACGGAGUACAGCGGACUACCUGUCGCCGGAAGAAAUAUUACAGGAUGCAAAUGUGAGGUCUAAGGAUGCCUUGUUAAUUAAGGAACAAGAUCGUCCUAAAGUAGUAUUUAACUUGAACAAUAAGACGAAAGUAGUGAGCACUAAGAAAGUGCGGCAAGAAAUUAGCGAGAAGAAAAACGGGAUGACGCAGUCGGUCGAGUCGGAAAAGACACGUGCAACACCUUCGGUAACCAGGAAGAAUUUGGAGAAUACAUUGAGGCGCAAUAAAGAAGAGAAGAAGAGUCUGAAGAGAAACGAGAAUAACUCUGAAUGUACAACAUUAUUCGAAUUAAUUACAAGCAAGAAUGCUACAUUGCCUCAUAGAACACCACAAAAGGAUGUUAAUAUGGAAAAAUGUUCAAACGUUUCACCUUCGAGAGUCGCCGUGCAAAAAGAACUGAGGAGUCCGGUAGAAACAAGUGAGAAUUCCACUACGGAGGCUUUGUGGAAGAACAAGAUCAUCAGCCGAUUUUUAAAGAUGAGUAAAAACGACAUCUACAACAUGGUGAAUGAUACUAGUCUUCGGAAGUUUGAUAUCAUAAUGAAACGUCUAGUCAAAGAAAAGAAGCCUACGUUGUCCUUAAAGAUGAGGCAUGUACAGGACGAAAAGAUGAAAUCGUAUGAUCAGCAGGAAUUUAUGAAGCAAUUGAACGCGAUGUUGGACACCGACGCUGUCGUGUCCAUUACGGAUCUACCUACAGAGUUUAUCCAUCAUUUGAACGAAGUACUGCAAUUGGACGUGCAACCGGACAAUCACGCCGAGCCCGCAGCAGCUUCGAGCAGCCAAUGUGGCCAGUCGGAAAGUACAAAUUAUGCGUUCAGUCCCGUAAUCGAUAAUGUCACAGAGUGCGCAAAUAAAACAGCAAGGUCGAACAAUGUUAGACGGAAAAAUGUAAAAAAUAAAGGCCGUACAACAAAAACGCCAUAUAACAAGAGCGUGGAAGCUCACGAUAUCAUAAAGAAUAAUAAUCUUAAUACGAAAGAUGAUACCUGUAACACCAUCGUAGCUAGUGAAAUCUGUAACACUGUUAUAGCUAAUGAUAUUUGUAACUCUAUCGUAGCUAAUGAUUCUAGUAUUAGUAGUAACUUAUUGACUCUGCAACACGAUUUAGACGAUAUAUUUUCAAAAGUGACGAAGAAAAAUCAAAUUCCCGCCGCAGCAAAGGAACGUAAGCGUUGCGAUAUGAGCUACGUCGACGCGAUUUCGAGGAGUAUGGAGGAGGCGCUGUUGGAAGACGAAAUGCACAAUCUGGAAAGUAGUCCGCGCUGGGACGAGAAGUGCGACAGGUGGAAGAGGAAGGAGCGGGAGGACCCACACGCGUACAGAAAUCUUACCAAAGAGGAAUGGGAGGAGAGGUACGGGACGCAGCCAAGCUCGACACCUUUCAGCGCGGACAAUAUUGCCGCCGAUAAUAACGAACCGCUACCGAGGAGAGGACGCGGGAGAAAAUUGUAUUUGCGGCGCCGUUAUUCGUCGGAAUCAUCAAAGCAUCCACCAAACACGAGGCACAGAUCUUUGGAAAAAGAUAAGCAUAAGAAAUCUAGGCGACACAGCGACGAUAGAAGACACAGUACGGGAUAUUUAGAAUAUAACGCCAGUCAUGACAGCAAUAGCAGCAGCAGUAGUACUAGCAGUAGUAGCAGCAACAGCAGCAGCACCAACAGUAGCGAUAACGCAAACGUCACGAAACUAUUGAGAGUGAUAAAAGAGAACGAGAAGGUAGCCAAGCAAGUGUCGUUGAACGAAGCGAUAAGGGACGAGGUGAACGCUGAGAUCGAGCGAGAUCGGAGAUCGCGAAAAUUGCGAAAGCACUCCAAGAACCGAAAGCAGAGAAAGGCGCGCCAUAAGAAGAAGAGGAAGCAAGACAAGGAAACGAGCUCCUCUAAUUCCUCCUCGGAGAAGGACGAUAAUGACGAAGCAACCGACAGAUUGCUGACAGAAAGUGAGAUUAAGAAGGAAGUCGUGGAGAAUCAGAUCACGCAAGAAGUGAUUAUUAAGGAGGAAGUAGACAUCGGCCAAGAAGAGAAUGUCGACGCUGAAUUUGCGAAUGCUACGAGUCUCGUCGUGGAAAACAGGGCGGCGUAUUUACUCUCCGCGCCGCAAAAUAUACCGGAAUCCCCCUUUGAAAUUCCGCCGGCGACUGCCAAUGCCACGCAAUUGCACACUGAGGAUAGAUUGCCGACGGCUUCCCCGACGCACCCGAAGACCAAGGCGCAGCUGAAGCAGAUGCCAGAGACAUCCGAUAUGAACGACAACAAGGUUUCCCUGAAUGUGUUCACUUGUGUACCGGAAGAUUGGAAUACGUUUAAUCCGGCGAAUCUCUCGAAAAGUGCGGAGGAUUUGAGUAGAUCCUGUGAAACAGCUGACAACGGCUGUGAUCAGGAUUCAUCUGUUCUAUCGACAAUCGACAAUUGUACGAGUCAAAACGGUAAUGCUGUAUCGUGCGGAAAAGCUGACAAAGAUGCAUCGCCGCAGCAGCAGGUCACAACAGCGCGGACUUUUACCGAAUCGUCCCCCAAAGUGCAAGACGAUAAUGAAAUCGUAGCUACUGAUAAUAACGUAUCACGAGUGCUACGUCAAGAUAAUGUAUCUACGGUCUCUACGUCAGCGUCGUCGGCAUCGGAUAUCUCACCUCCGAGUACUGUGAUUCAGAAGCAGGGGGCCAGCAAAAAGAUCGACAUAAAGACGUACUACGAGCGCACUAUACAACGUCGUAUGAACGAGAAAUUAGAAAUGAAGAAGCCCGUGGAGAAUCCCGCGAUAUCGACGCCGAUAAAGCCGUCUACAUCGAAGGUCACCGGGCCAGAAAUUGCAGUGAAGAAACCCACGUACAGCGGCUCCAUUCAAGAUCCGCGAUUGCUUUCGGCGAGAGUGGCGAUCGCUUCGAUAAAUAAUAAAGUCGACAUUUCGCAGACAACGUCAAGAAAAAAUGUUCGGCAGAAGGAAGCGCAGGUGACAAAGGGAUCUACGAAUGCAGAACCAGCACCGAGAUGUCCUGAGGGAAAGAAUUCAAAUCCUACCAUCGAUAGCGACAGCGUCGUUAAACAAAUUAACGAGGACAAAACAAAAGAUAAAGUACCGCCGGCUGCUAACAAUAUCAAAAUACUGUCCAACGUUGUGGUAACGCCGAAAAUUGCGGUUCCAAAAUUCAAGAAAUGCUCAGAAGUUAAAAAGAGAACGGAUAAAAACUCACAGAGUAAAGUUUCGUCCGACGAAACCAAACGAUUUAAGAAUAUUCGGUCGGAAGGCGGCAAAGAAUUGAAGCUGAAGAAGGAAACGGCGGGGGAACAAAAGGCGAAAAAGAAAUCCGCGGUAACGUCAAAGUCCGUUAGUUUUGUUUCGACAAACGUAUAUAUUCCCCUGGAGGAGGCAGUUCAAGAAAAGAAGAUCGAUAAUAACUCUAAUACAAGUAAAAUGGAAAAUAAACGAUUAGUAGAUUCUCGCGAAACUAAGAUAGAUAAUAGCAACACGAAAACGGAAUUGUCAACAAUUUCCUCAGAAAACGCCGAUAACGAUGGUAAUGAAUUAUCGCACGAUACCGUUAAAGCGAAACGCUCUUCAAAUUGCGAUAUCGAACGCGAAAACGCUAAGAAAACUGUAAGUAAUAUCGAAGGCGCGGAUGCGCACGAGCAUUCUUCUAAGACGAUGCGAAGUAAAGUAACUCGUAACGUGAAACGUGCCAAGAACGUCGCAGGUGUCGAGAUUGCGGAUAAAAAGGGUCAAAUCGCAAGAGAAACUUGCAGUGUCGUUCCUGAACUCAAUGUAUCUACCUCUAAAGUUGCUGCGGAAGUCCCCGAAAAUAAAGUCACGAGUGACAUUGAAAAGAUAAAAAAGAAGAGUUCCUCCGCGUCUAAGGUUCAACCAAUCAACGCGGCAAAAUCUACGGGAUUUUCGUCGAGUUAUGUUGGCCAGAGUAAAAUUAAAAAAUCGAAGAGCGCGAUCAGUCGCGAAACAAGCAGUAAUUCCGAGUUGGAUGGCCUCGAUGGACCAAGUAAGGAGGAGAAUCAGCUGUUAAUAGAUAGCAAUAUUAAAACUAGUGAUAUUAAGGAUAACAAUACAGUAUUAAAUGCGGUAGGUGCACUCAAAUCCGCGAGUGCGAACGAGGACGAAUCUGUAGCCAAGAAAACCGCCGAAUCGUCGUCAGCCUCGAAAGAAAACUCGCAGCAAGGUGCCACCUCGUCCGACAGCGUAGGCAGUCCAUUCAAAGGUUUUCUUCAGGAAACCAUGAUAGAUUUUGAGCAGCCCAACUUGUUCAAUAUGAAAUUGGAGGUCGACGCGAAUAAGAAGAACACGAUAUUCCUAGACGAUUGUAAUGUAAAUUAUGCGAUGCGCGCUGCCAGUUGCAAGGAUACGACGAUCGAGGGACAGCAGGAUUACGAAGCUCUGGAAUCCAGUACUAAUUACGCUAACGACGCGGAUGUUAAUGCUAGUGAGAAUUUUAAUAUCGCUUUCGGUAACGCUUUACUUGCUUCAGAUAAGGAAUGCACGACGACCAAGAAGGGUGAUGAACCCCGCGACUUGGCGAUGAAUGAAAGCAGAGAAGAGGAUGUAAAAAGAUCCCCGAGCGAGAUAGCCGCGACCACGUUACACGAUGAGGACAACGAUAUCAAUAUCGGCGGUGGUAACGAAACGGAGGGACAGCUAAUGAGCAAAGGGGGCUACGCAUCGUGUGCCGGAUUAGUGAUGAAGGAAUCCAUGUUUAUCAGCGAAGAGGAGGUUAUUCAAGGUGAGGCUCGGUCGAAAGACCUGGCGAGCAAACUCAAGACCACAACCGAUCCCAGUUUAUCCGACGCUCUGGAAACGACGAUCUCGGAUGACGCGCUGCGACUGCCGGAGAGCCAGGGCGCGGAGCAUCUCGACAAUCACAUGUACUUGGAGACGAAUAUAUCCGCGGAGAAGGCGGCCUGCGACAAGUUGCCGGGCUUCGAUGCCGACGAGCAUCUGGACAGCGACAUAUUCUACUUGGACGAUCGUUUGCGGAGCACCACCGCGUUCGACAACAAGGACGAGGAAUCCGUGCACUUCCCCGUUCACCAGCAGAGCCUGCGGUACGACAUCACGCUCGCGGUCACUCCUGAAACGACGAUGAUUACGCCCUGCGCGGAUUUAUCGAAGCCGGAAGUGUGCAAGUUCGAUCUGAAGCACGUUUCGUCGACGGACAAUGAUCUGCUCGCGGGAGGGGCGUCGGCGGAACGUUCGUCGGGCGAUACGCCAAGGACGCUGAAUAUCCCGACUAAAGCCGCCCUGAAGGAGGCUGCGACGAAUCUCUUCCUGAAAUAUCCCAGCAACGUGUCGACGGCGACGAAGGAAAUGGCACUUGAGGUAUUGGAUAAGCAGGGCGAAACAGAUCUCAAUUACCAAGCACCGGCUUGGCAUGUAAACAGGCAAAACAACAUAAAAACGCGUCCGCAGGAGACUCGCAAUAACACGAGGGCGCAAGAUUUUAUAAACGUAAACACGAUAUCGUCGACGCAGAGCAGUACGUACGACGAGCCGGCUCACAACAAUAUGGACGUUGGCCACGGCAACAGUGUAUCCGUGAAACCUCGCGGCGAUAUGGAAAAAUUUCUCCACGGCGGUUUACAACGCAAUCCGGUUGUGGAAUUAAGGAAGAUGACGGAAUUGGACGGACUGUUGGAGCAAAGGAGACAGGGAAAUUCGGAGAAAGUGAAGAAGAGCAUUUGCGAAGGUAAGAAGAAGCAUAACGGUACGAUUUUGCGCAAGAUAAAGGACAAGCGGCAGAUUAAGUGCCGAGGCAAAGAAACUUCGAGCAGAAUCAGUCUCGUGAAGAGACUCAAGAGGAUGAGGCAGUCCGGGAAGCUCGUUAGCACGACGAAAGAAGCCAUUCUGGCCAGGAUGCUAGAAAUCGACCUCGAAAUGCACAAGCUGGCGACGGAGAAGCUGAAGCUGCACGAGAUCCUGCAGAAUGUCCCGUCGACGGAAAAUUCUGCGGCAAACAGUGGCGCGAUAUCGAGGGCGAGAGAGGACGAGUCUGUUGUUCAACCAGAAGUACCUGAGAUACCGUCCACGUUAAUGGCGCAAGAGGCGAGUGAGACGAGUUGCGCCAAACGAGCCAAACACGUGCUUCCGUCGAGACCGUCGGCGAGACAGAGAAAGAGAAUCUCGUCGCGUAAUUCGGAAAAUGAAGAGACGAGUUGUACGCCAGUGUAUCAGAAGACGAAAAUGCCCGUGAUUAAGUGGAAGAAAAAACCGCGAUUGGAGCAGAUAGUCCGACGGGAAGAAGAAGAAGAAGACGACGAAGAGAAAGAUCUUGCCGAGACGACGGAGCAGCAGAUCUCAACUUCCGCGGGUAAAGAAGCGAAGGAUGGUUCAAGUGAGGACGCGUCUGAAGAUAACGUUCAGAGACCCGAACCGAACGCCGUGGUGGAUGAUGAAGCGCGAGAGGAGCAAACCACCGAGAAGCCCGACGAGGAAGCUGUUUGUGAUGUGAUCGAUUCGGGGCGCACGAUCUCUUCGGACAAGAGCACAGCGGACAAAAUUGCGGACGACCGUUCGGAGUGGCAGGGCUUCGCUGACGACGAGACCGAGCGUACGAAGUACCCCGAUAUUGAUAAACGAGACAACGUUCUACCGCCAAGCGAAGAAGCGGCGAGGACGUCGUGCAGGCAGGUGCACAGCACGCCGGAGCCCUCGUCUAUAUACUCUGACGACAGCACGUGGAACUCUAUCACGCAGAACACCGCGUCGGAGGUGCACGAGAUCAGGACGGGUCUCGUUUUACUAGAACAGACGCUGAAGAAGCAGCUGGUGAAGUCGCGAAAGAUGGAGGCGAUCGUGCGCAAGAAGAAGAAACGGCAGCUGGACGCCUUCCUGAGAACGGUCAACAAACUGACGAUGGAGGAGGAGGAGCUGCCUCUGUCCAAGCUGUACAUCACGAAGCUGCAGCAAAAGCGGGACCUGCUCGACUCGCUUAGCCGGAAGAAGGAGGACGCGGAUCUCGUCGUCGACCCGGACAUGAAGAACUUGGACAAAGUGAUAAACGCCGUGGCGGAGAACAGGGUGGAGGAUCUUUACGAGCCUCCGUUGGAAGCGCGAGCCUCCGACGAGGUUCCAGCGACGUCCAACAACGCCUCUUCUGUACUGCAGCCCGACAAGGAUCAGUUUUACGUCGACGCCGAAGCGAAUGCCAACUCGGACUGGCCCUGUCGAGAGAAAGAGAACGUAGAGGAGGUCGCGUUGCAGCAGAACGACGUACCUGACGCCGAUGGGUCGAAUCACGUUUUCAAGGCCGUCAGCCAGGAUAAGGUUCCUUUCUACAACGACCGUAACGUGGAACCCGACAGUAGCAUCACCCCCGAGGAAACCCUAACGGAGAACCACUCCUCGGACUGCGAGCGUUUAAAAGAUUCCAACAACAUCGCGUCGCGCAACAUCGACAUUAAAGUAUCCGUGCCGAAAAUUUUAAUAAAAGACGAUUUCAGCUUGGGACUGUUGCAGAAAUUGCAAGACACGGAGGCCGGCGUCGCGGGCGCUGGCUUGGUCGAUUCUACAACGAAUGUACUUUCGGCAAGCUCUGAGAAAGAGGGGGACAAGAGUUCGCGAGACACCUCGCAAGCCGUCGAAACCCUCGCGAAGGAGAGUAACAAGGAUGAGAAAGGCGAAAUGAAGGAGAAACACGCGGUGAACGCAAGUGAGAAGGAAGAGACGGUCGACAGCGUAAGUAAUGCGCCGUCUGUGCCGCAAUCGAACGUUGCGAAAUCCGGAUACUCCGAUGCCACGGAGAACGAGGAGUCAGGCGACAGUGCUGCGUCGAACCGGUGCGAUAAGGUAGCAACGACAGACACAGGGCGCGACCUGAGCGUAUCAUAUUCUGCUGUAGAAAAAUCGGAUACGAAGCAGAAAGAAUUGGACGCUGAACCCGAGCAGCUCUCGAAUGAUGCGACUGCUUUGAAACAAGAUUGUCAAAGUCUGGAGAAUGCAGUCGCCGAAGAAGAGAAGAGUAAUCCCGAGAACAAGUCACACGCAUUUGAGAGAAUCCUGGAUAACGAUCAAAGCACCAGCAAUUCCAUUCCAGUUGAUCUAGUGAAUGAAGGGUCGGAAGAAUCCAACGAAGCAUCCGUCGAACCGAAGUCCAGUCUAGAACGCACUUUUACUACUUUCUCGUUCAACAAAGCAGCUGCAAAGGGUGCGGAAACGAGCAGGAAGCUUCGUCGCAAGCAGGACAGUUCAACGCCAACUCGGAGGAGCACCAGAAAGUCCAAUGAGAAUAUCAAGUCCAUUAGAAUAAAGGAAGCCGAUGCUAAUUCGAACAGCAGCGAACGAGACUCGACUAUUCUUCAUGAGAGAAAUGUCGCAACGCGCAGCAGAAGCAAAUCCCCCACGUGGGCGAUGCGCGAUGAAAGUGUCACAAGCAAUGGUAGGAAAAGUCGCGUCGCACGGAAAGUGCAAAAUGUUAUUAGCCGAAAAGUUGGUGCUAAGUCCAAAACGAAGACCAAGGAGCCAGUUAAACACUUCGACAUGAUUACAGAAUCCGCAUUUUCAAACAACAGCACCGUGGCAAUCGCGAAGAAGAGGAAACAGCAUACGGAGUGGCAGAUGAAAAACUGCAAAGUGCAAGUGGUUGACUGUAAAUCCGUUCUCCUCAAGUAUGUCAAUUCCGAUGUUCUGGACAGACUUGGAAUAAUUGUCAUCGAUGACUCGUCAUGCGUGCAUCAUACCACGAGCAAUCAAAAUACAGUAACUCCUACUACAGCUUCUGGUGACAGUUUCUUUCUCUCAGAUAGGCCCUGCUACAAGGAAAACCUCGAAAUUGAAAUUUUAGACGAGAAGCCAGUCAUGGAAAGUAACGACAAAGCUCUCACUCGAGAGUCUGUUUUACAAGUAGCGGAGAUCGACGAGGAGGAAUCGACAAAGUUGGAGUACACGAUCCACAAGGGCCCUAUUUUAGACAUCAAGGUUUUUGAGAAUUCUUUCCUAGCAGCAAGUGAAGACAACAAGAUAUACAGAUAUAGUCAGAUGUCUAGUGAAAUAUUGAACAUCUACGAAGGUCAUAAAUCCGCGGUUACAUGUCUAUAUGUCUGUAAGUCGGAUAUCGUAGGAGUUAACAAAGAGCUUAUGUAUUCUGGCUCCUUAGAUGGCACCUUGCGUUGUUACAAUAUAACGACUGGCGAAUUAGUGAAGAAUCCGGCGCAAGUAAACAGUGCAAUUCAGUGCAUGGAUCAAGCAUGGGGGAUAAUCUUUAUUGGAACUAAAUCUGGACAUGUCUCGCGUUUUCAUAUUACGGCUGGUGCCAUUAAAGGAAACAGUAUCCCGUUUUCGGACAAGUCUGUACUUGCGCUUAAAGCGACGAAUGAAGGCCCACGGAGAAUCCUUAUUGUAGCAUCUCGAAACCAACCGAUAACUAUACGCGACGCACAGACUGGUUUGUUUCUCCGUACGAUCAGCGGCCAGAAAAAUCACAUCACAGUUUACAGUUUAUUGCGUCAUAAUAACUUGAUCUAUUGUGGUACAAGCGGCAGAUCCAUAAACGUUUUCGAUUUCACGACAGGUGAACAAGUAAUUCAAUAUGAUGCUGGUGUCGGUAUUGUGUGUAUGCGGCUUCAUAAGCAACUACUCUUUGCAGGUUGCUACGAUGGCAAUAUUUACGUUUUUGAUAUAAACAAUCACAAAUUAGUAUGUAGCAUACAAGGCCCAGGAAAUAUGUUAUUGAGUGUAGAAGUUGUAAAUAAUAAGAUUAUUGCAGGCAGUAAAGACAAGCGUUUACAUUCAUGGCAAAUGCCGACUCAAGUGCGUGCCUUACUUUAAACAAUGUCAGUAAUUGUAGCACGUUCAGUAAUUGUCUACUUCAGAAAUAACUAAUUGAGAAUGUUCAUUUAAUUACACACAGCGAUCGAAUAAUAUAUGUGUAAAGCAAGAAAUUUACAACACUGGCGUUAUAACUUAAUAACAUAUGUCUAUAUAUUUUAGAACUUUUUCACUAUAAAUAGCGUCAUUACAUUUUCCAUUUUUAUUUAUAGCAUACAUUUAAUGAUGCAUACUUGAUAAAAAUAUGCACAAGAUGCUAAAUGAAAUUAUUACAACCAUAUAAAGUAUAUAUGAUUGUUUCAUAUACUGUAUAUGAUUGUAUAUUUAUAAUUACAGUAUUUGACGGAAUCACUUAUAGUGAGAAAGAGUACUGGCGCCAAAAUUGUUCGUUAUUGAUUAUGAAAGAUUACAUAUCUGUAAUAUGUAAAGUGUACAUUUGUAAAGAACUUAGACUGAAUUUUGCAAUAAUGGAAAUUAUUUUAUGUAUCCUUUGCACACACGAAUAGAUUAUAACAGUUUAUUUAUAACUUUAUAAUUAUUCGAAAAAUGGUGUGAUUUACUAUAUGUACACGUAGAAGCAAAUUUUAUGUCAGUAUCAACUUUAAAAGGAAAAUGUUUAAAAAUUGUGACUGAUAUACACAUAGUUGAGAAACGUGCAGAACAUUGCACAGUGUUUAAUGAUUUAUAUAAACCAUUUGUUAAACAGUGUUCUUGUUUCUUGUUAGUAUUAAGUGAAGAUGCUCUGCUCUUAAAAAGCCAUAUAUUCUUCAAAAGGUCUUAUUCAUAUUGACGACAAUUUCAUGCUUUAUUCUAUAUUUGUGAUGUGUUUUCAAUGGAGAAAGAAAUAUAUUGUAACAUCUUUCAACUUCUAUUUUAUUGUAAUAGACAUUAGCAAAUGUAAAUAAGGGACUGUACCAAAAUGUCUAACAAGCCAGUUAUAAUCUAGCCAAGUAAAAAUCAGAAAACCUAUAUAAAAUUAAUCAAAGAAUAGACUACGUGUAAGUUUUAUGUUUGUAUUAUGUAAAAAGGGGACAAGUAAGAGAAUGUUACAUUUAAUAAAUUCUAAACUUAUGAUA